AUGACAUCUAUCCUCUAUCGACGAGCACGAAAGAAGACUGAGAAGGGGGUCAUCAAGUGCCAGACGCAGAUGGCCCUCUCAAGGUCAGGGAGGAGAAGGUACAAGUUGGAGGGAGGGAGGGAGGAAGGGAGGAAGGGAGGAAGGGAGGAAGGGAGGAAGGGAGGGGAGCUGGGAUUCAUUUGCCGGGAGGAAUCUCGUUUGCAGGAAGAACAUUUAAGCGAUUCAAAUAUGAAUAUGAAGAGCUAUAACACGCUGAAUUACUGUAUUCGAGUGCUUUGCCUGGGAUCUCACAGUUCCGUGAUCCCCGUCUCUUUGCAGGUGAUAAGAGUGUUUGAAGACUUGUACUUGUGCUGGAAGCUGCAGAGCAAGUCGACGUUGUUCAGGCUCCACAGAUCGCCGAGCGACUACAACGAAACGCUGUCGCCGACGAGCCCGGGCGAGGCCACCAUCCUCCAGUCUCGCUUCCACACUCUCUUCCAGAAGAAUUACUCGCUCGAGAGUUGCUGCUCAGAUUCCGUGGUGAUAGAGGAAGGAGACGAGGAGAAACCUAAAGAAUUCCGAAGCCGGGCCUCCACGGACGGGAGUCUGGAGAAGCGCCGGCUCGGGAACGGAUCCCGGUGGUUCGCUUCCCCCCCGUCCUCUUCCUCGUCUUUCGCCCAGAGGAAUUCCCCGCCCAAAGUGAACCCGAUCUACGAGAGGCGGAUGAGCAUCUCCAUGAAGGGGUCUUCCUAUUGACGCACUCACCUGUUUUCUUCUUUCUUUUUCUCCUCGUUU